GCAUCAAGCUACCGUAGCGUCAUAGAUCCAGCGUCUUAUCUUCAGUUGGGAUCGAAACCCCUCUUUUUGAACGCGCUUGGAUGACGUCGACGCGUACACCCGUCACCAACCGCAGCACAGCAUCGCAUCAAGCUACAGUGCCGUUGCCGGCAUGGUAGAAUCACGCGAUAGAGACGAGGUGGAAGCGCGCGCGGGGUUGACGGAUGUCAAAUACGCAACGGCAAAGAAGUUGGGUGUGAAGAGUAUCGCGAUUUACUCAGAGGCGGAUGCAGCGAGCCAACACAUUCGAGAUGCCAGCGAGGCUGUGCUCCUGCCUGGCAGCAACGCGACUGCCUACACGGACGAAGAGGCAAUCUUUAAAAUCGCAAAGGAGAAAGGUGCGGAUUCCAUCGUUCCGGGCUAUGGCUUCUUCUCAGAGAACGCACCUUUCGCUCGGCAAGUAAGCGAGGCAGACCUUGCUUGGGUUGGACCUUCCCCUGAAGCAAUCGAAGCUUUGGGUGUCAAACAUACAGCAAGAGACCUCGCCACCAAAGCUGAUAUCCCAAUCAUUCCCGGAACGAAAGGGCUCGUCAAUAAUGAGGAUGAUACUGUAACACAGGCAGAGCAGAUAUGCUUUCCGAUCAUGCUCAAGGCGACAGGUGGUGGUGGAGGUAUGGGACUGAUCGUUUGCGUCGAUGUCAAAGAGGUGCGAGAGGGGUUCAAGAUGGUGCAGCCGCGAGGACAGACACUGUUCAAGAACCCUGGUGUCUUCAUUGAGCGUUACUUCCCGGCCAGCCAUCACAUCGAAGUACAGGUCUUCGGCAAUGGCUUGGGCCAGGCCGUUCACUUUGGCGAGCGACGACAUCAAAAGCUCAUCGAAGAAUGUCCAAGUCUUUUCGUUAAGAGACACCCCGAGCUACGACAAAAACUGGGCGAUGCCGCUGUCCGACUAUCAGAGUCCAUCAAGUACGGAUCAGCGGGGACGAUUGAAUACUUGGUGAACGACAAGACAGGUGACUUCUUCUUCUUGGAGAUGAAUACGCGUCUCCAGUUUGAACACGGAAUCACUGAACUCUGUUACGAUGCCGAUCUUGUUGAGCUUAUGCUGAGGCAAGCAGAUGCCCAACUUGCCGGCAAGGGUGGUAUAGAAGGGUCCAUGUUGAAGCAAAUGCAACCGUCGGAACCUUCUAGUGCAGCGACUGAAGCUCGUAUCUAUGCCGAAAACCCCUUGCAAGACUACGCUCCUUCACCAGAUCCCCUGAUAGCGAAGGCGAUGGCUCAUUCCCAGGAUCGCGGCGAUACCAUAGCCAAGAUGAAAGAGCUCUUGACUGGCUCGCUGAUUGCCGGGCCGCCCACCAACUUGGAGUUCCUGGUGCAGAUACUGGAAGACUCGAGAUUUGUAUCUGGAGACACAAUAACAAGUUUCCUACAGGAUUUCAACUUUACACCGCACGCAAUAGACGUAAUCUCGGCUGGAGCCUACACCCUCAUCCAAGACCUUCCCGGAAGACCAACGGUUGGCAAAGGUAUUCCUCACUCCGGGCCUAUGGACUCUAUGGCCUUCCAGAUUGCGAACAUGCUUGUAGGCAAUCCUCGUGAGACUGAGGAGCUCGAGAUCACGCUCAGCGGGCCUGAACUUCGAUUCAUUGGAUCUGCUAUCGUCGCGCUUUGUGGCGCGCCAAUGGAAUUAACUCUGGAUGAUGAAGAGUUUUCGAUGUGGACGAAUACUACUGCUGGCGGCCGUCGUUCAUCCCUUGCCAUUCAUGGUGGCUUGCCAGCUGUUGCAAACUAUUUCGGUUCUAAAUCGACCUCUCCUUUGGUAGCGAUCGGUGGCUAUCAGGGUCGACAGUUGGCUCCGGGAGAUCUACUUCAGAUCAAAGCGGACCUGCCAAAAGACAUCGAGACUGUGAUAUUGCCAGAACGAUUGCGUCUCAGUUACAGGACCGACUGGGAGAUCUCAGCAAUGGUGGGACCCCAUGAUGAAGGCUACUUUGCGCCUGAGGAUAUCAAGAUGAUCUACGACACGAAGUGGAAGGUCUCACACAACGCUUCUCGUAGCGGCAUUCGACUUGUUGGCCUAGUGCCUAAGUGGGCACGAAAAGAUGGUGGCGAAGGCGGUGCGCAUCCCAGUAACUUGGUCGAACAUGGCUACCCUCUGGGCACACUAAACUGGACGGGUGACGAUCCUUGCAUCUUCCCCGUAGACUGCCCCAACUUCGGUGGAUUCACAAGCAGUACCACUGUUGUGAGAACUGACUGGUGGAAGCUAGGACAGCUCAAGGCUGGCAACACGCUGAAGUAUGUCAAGAUCGGCCUGGAGGAUGCUCUCAGGAAGAGAAAACGAAACGACAAGUUCUUAGACUCCCUACAGCAAGCCAUUCAGGGCGAUGGUGGCCUUGACAAGAUCGGUAGCCUCCAAGCUGGCCAUGUCGACUACCACCAAGGCGAGAUCGGCAAGGCAGUCAUUUGGGAGAAAGCAGCGACUACCGAUACUCCGCAGGGUGGAGAUGACCAUCUCCUUGUCGAGUACGGCAACGAAUCCUUCGACCUCAAUCAUCGAUGUCGCGUGACCGUGCUUGAGAAUGCCCUGAACCCUUCCAAUUCGCCUGGGACUAUCAAGAAUAGUCUCUACAACACAGUCGGUUGCUGUACAACGCUUCUCAUCUACUACAACGGUGCCAAGCUACCUCGCAGCGAGCUUGUGACAUACUUGCAGAACAUCGAAGAAUUUUUCGGGGACUUGCGAUCGACCAAGGUACCUACGAGGAUUUUCAGGCUUCCCAUCAGCUUCGAAUCAAAACUACAGGAUGAAGCCACUCAGCGCUACAUGAACAUCCAACGCCCUCACGCUCCCUACCUUCCUGAUGACCUGUCUUUCGUCGCAAAGAACAACAAUUUCACACCUCAACAGCUCAAGGAUAUAUACCUGAAGGGGCAGUUCAUGGCGGUCGUUGUAGGCUUCUUCUGUGGUAAUACUGUCUCUCUGCCAGUCGACCCUCGGCAACGCAUGAAUGCACCGAAGAUGAACCCCUCGCGUGUGUUCACACCAGAAGGCACAGUUGGCUGGGCAGGAAGCUGUAUGUCCAUCUAUCCCGCCGACUCCCCCGGAGGAUACCAGAUGAUCGGCCGAACCGUGCCGUGCUUUGACUACUAUGCGCAAAAGCCAAGCUUCAAGAACCCCUGGAUCUUCCGAGACUUCGACAUCCUCACGUACUAUCAAGUCAGUGAGGAAAAGCUCGAUGAUCUUCUUGGCAAAUUCAGAGCCGGCAAGUUCACAUUCGACUACGAGGACAUAGAGUUCGACAUGGCCGAACACAACAAGAUGCUACAGGAUAGCGCUGAAGAGGUUCAGAAAAUCCGUGCUAAGCAGGCCGAGGCCUAAGAUGAGAUGACAAAAGCCGAGAAUGAGUCAUUCGCGCGUUGGCAGAAAGAGAAGACCGAGUGCCAGGUUGAUGAGUAUACUGUUGAGAAACUGUUAGAUGACCCCAACGUCACCUCUGUCGAGGCACCCGUUGAUGCCAACGUGCGGAAAGUAGAAGCCGAGGAAGGUGACACAGUGAAGAGGGAGCUGUUUUAGGUUUUAUGGAGAACAUUUGAGGAACUCAGCUGACCAUGCAGAUUGUGAUCCUCGAGGCCAUGAAGCUAGAAAUUGCGGUGAAGACGCCAG